UAACCCAGGCUAUAUUGACUCUGAGCGUGUUACUUUGGAAAGGGGCUUUGUCCAAGCGCUGCUCUGAAAACAGCAGCCAGUUGUGUUUACCUCGUGUCCUGCUGUUUCGGUAGCAGUUUACUGUCCACCACUGAAUUUCAAGAGCUCCAUCUUGUCAAAGGCCCUCUAGGUUCAGUCCUCAUGAAGUCCUCAGUGACUGAGAGGACCUGCUGCCUCCCCUUGGAGAGUGAGUGAGUGAGUGAGUGAGUGAGUGAGUGAGCGAUCUCCAGAUCUCUAACUUCCCGUGUCCCCCUUGCGGCGAGCGUGAUGGCUUACCUGGCCCACACGGCCCAUCUGCAAUUCCUGGGCCUGCUACUGGGCAUCCUGGGCUGGAUCCUGAUCAUGUGCAGCGCCGGCAUCAACGAGUGGCGUUUGUGGUACGUGUCCGAUAAGUCGGUCAUCACCUCCGGGGUGGCCUGGGUGGGCGUGUGGCGCGCCUGCUUCUACUCUCACAUCAUGAGCACGGCAGAGUACUGCCAAGCCCUGGCCAUCACAGACUCCUUCCUCCCUGCGGACAUCGUACUGGCUCAGGUUCUCAUUAUGAUGGCCGUGGUUACGGGCAUUAUCGGGAACCUCACGGCUGGCUAUGGGAUGAGGAAGGUCUACUUUGGGCUGGGGAGGCGCCGGGCCAUAAACUUGACCUUCUGGUCCGCGGGGGCGAUGUACCUGUUCACGGCCACAUGCUCCCUUGUGCCUUUGUUAAUGAACACAGUGGCGGUGCUGAACAACGACACCAUCACCUUCCCCCCGGAGUAUUACUUCCCUCCGGCCCCAACGAGCCAGGGCAUUGGCUCAGGAAUCGGGCUUGGCAUCGGGGCCUCUUUCCUGGUUGCCUUCAGCGGACUGCUCUUCCUUGUCUACAGGUACCCCAAGAAGGACCAGCAGCCCAAUGCUGAGGUCAGCACGGAGGGUAACGGCUACCUUGUUGACUCAAAGCCUUGGUCGUCUGUGGGCCUAAGGUCUAUCACUGAGGGCAGAGAAGAGAUCAGUGCCAAUGAGGGGAAGGACAACCCAGCCUUUGAACUAGAAGAAAACUGAUCUUCACCAUCAACUCCAGGUAGCAAUGGAGAACCUGAGUGGUUCUCAGGCUGAGAAAUUGGACACUUACUUUAUAAAAGCUGUGAAUGCUAAACAGUCCCACCUCUUAUUUUGCAACAGUGCUACACUAGGACUUUAGAUGUGAAAGAUUGCUGCACAUUGCCUGCCUGCACAGAUUUAUUAUGACUUUUGAAUGGAUCAGUACAUUCUCAGCUCUCCAACACGUUACAUUUCAUUCUCUGAUAGUGUUCAAUCCAGAACUAAUUUCCUCUGCUCAAAUGUAUUUAUUUCAUGAAGAUAUUUCAAAACAAACAGUCAAGUUCAUAAUACAAAUUAAAGGGAAAUUAAAUUCA